CGGCGUACGCUCAGAAGUAACUGGAACGCUUUCUGUCGCUACACGCAACCCCGAUCAAAUUUCAAAUUGCAAAUUCUAAAAACCCAAAAUCAAUUGACUGGCAAACCGAUACAGAUACAAUCAUAAUAACUAUUUGAAACUCGAUUCAAACCAUUCAAACCGAAGAUGGCUUGUAAUUUGUGAUAUUCAGUGCUUCUUUAAACUAAAACAGCAAAAAAAAGUGCUAUAGGAAACCCACAAAAACCUAAGUAAUUGUUGGAAAAGAGUUUGGACUAAAUCCUAAGGAAAGCAGAAUGCCCAGUUGGAGCGUGACGAAUGCAUUUCGCGUGCUCACACGCAAGAAGCCCCUGGAGGACUCCAAUGAAUCCAAAUUGGCCAAAGUAUUGUCCGCCUUCGAUCUGACGGCCCUGGGUAUUGGAUCCACACUGGGUGUUGGUGUCUAUGUGCUGGCUGGAGAGGUUUCCAAGCAAUAUGCAGGUCCUGCUGUGGUUGUUAGCUUCCUGAUCGCAGCCAUUGCCUCGAUCUUUGCCGGACUGUGCUAUGCUGAGUUUGGAGCUCGUGUUCCCAAGGCAGGAUCGGCGUAUAUCUACAGCUAUGUGACCAUUGGGGAGUUUAUCGCCUUUCUCAUCGGCUGGAAUCUCAUACUCGAAUACGCAAUUGGUUCUGCCAGUGUCGUCAAGGGUUUAAGCACCUAUCUGGACCAGCUUUGCGGGAAUCCGAUGAGCAGCUUUUUGGGCACACACAUGCCCAUUAACAUCGAUGGCAUGGGUGCUUAUCCGGAUCUGUUUGCCUUCGUGGUCACCAUCCUGUUCUCGCUGGCCAUCGCUGUGGGAGCCAAGGAAUCGACCAGGGUUAAUAAUGUCUUCACCAUGCUGAACCUUGGAGUGGUGCUUUUUGUGAUCAUUGCUGGGCUCUUCAAGGUUAACAGCAGCAAUUGGUCCAUACCCAAAUCGGAGGUACCCGAGGGCUAUGGCGAUGGUGGCUUCAUGCCCUAUGGCGUUUCGGGAAUUAUCAAAGGUGCUGCUGUCUGCUUUUAUGGCUUCAUUGGUUUCGAUUGUAUUGCCACUGCCGGCGAGGAGGCCAAGAAUCCCAAGAAAUCCAUUCCAUUUGCUGUGAUAGUCUCCCUGGCCAUGAUCUUUUUGGCCUACUUUGGAGUAUCUACUGUGCUGACCAUGAUGCUGCCCUAUUUCGAGCAGGACGAGAAAGCCCCACUGCCUCAUGUCUUCCGGAUUAAUGGCUGGCAUGUGGCAGAGUAUGUGGUGAGCAUUGGAGCCAUGUUUGGUCUGUGCUCCAGCAUGAUGGGAGCCAUGUUUCCGCUGCCAAGGAUCGUUUUUGCCAUGUCCAACGAUGGACUAUUGUUUAAAUUCCUCGGCGACAUUAGCGACAAGUACAAGACGCCUUUCAAGGGUACCAUGAUCACUGGACUGCUCACUGGCAUCCUGGCGGCUGUGUUCAAUCUUAGCCAGUUGGUAAACAUGAUGUCCAUUGGCACCCUGCUGGCCUACUCCAUGGUGGCCAGUUGUGUCCUGAUGCUGCGCUACGAAGUGGACGAUCGUAGGGAGAGUAGAAUCGUUGGAAAUGGAAGAGCCAUGGGUCAGGAUCAGGACCAACCCUGUGCGUUGUGGAGGCGAAUCUUCAAUCUUAAUGGCCAGACUGUGCCCACCAAGCAAUCGUCGAGAAUCGUUACCUACAGUGUGACUUUGUUCUCUCUAUGGUGCAUGGUCUUUUCGCAAAUACUCACCAAGUUUGAAGAGGAUCUGGCCAACGUAACGUCUUUCGAUGGACUCAAACUGGUGCUGGGCACUAUUCCCCUGGCUGUCCUCCUGGUAAUCAUCUCGCGUCAGCCCACCUCCGGGGUCAAGCUAUCGUUUAAGGUGCCCCUGGUUCCCUGGUUGCCUGGCAUAUCUAUUUUAAUCAACAUCUACCUGAUGAUUAAGUUGGACAUCCUUACCUGGGUGCGUUUCAGUAUUUGGAUUGCCAUCGGACUGGCCAUCUUCCUGUCCUACGGCAUCCGCCACAGUCGGCUGAGGCAGCGGGAGCAGCGUAACAAUUCCAUGGCCAUUAUGCGAGACUGCAGCAAUUCGGCCCUUCUGGGUGGUCAGGAAAAUUCCAAAUAUGGCAAUGAGGUGCCCCUGAUCCUGAUGCACAGUACAUCCUAAGUGUACAUUGAUAUUUAUCUAACUUAUACAUUAACCAUACAUAAGUGAUGUAAUUCUCAUCAUCUACAUGCUCACCUAAGAAACUCACACACCUCCACUCAGCUUCAUACCGUAAAAUAGGAAACCAAAAACUACGUAAAGUACAAUAAGUUAGCUGAAAGCAAUAAACAUGAAUAUUCAAAGGA